GUCCCACUUCCGCUUCUGUAAGCAGGGACUCGUCAUAGCAACGCCCCAUCUCGAGAGCACAACACAUGGCAGCGGGUUUGUUAUCUGAAAGCAGCAAAAAGGGUGCAAUUGUUAGCCAUAUUUAUUUAAGUUUUUAAGUGCGUUCAGGUCGUUCUCGUACAAUGAAUGACAGCGACAGCGACGACGAUGUACCCCAGCUGUCUGCAUCCACCCUGGCGGCGCUACAGGAGUUCUACGCGGAGACUAACGAGCAAGUUACGCCAGAACAAAAGUUUUCUCUUGGGGCUGUAGAGGAGGACUGGCGCAUGAGCCAGUUCUGGUACAGCGAUGAUACGGCAAGGCGGCUCGCGGAGGAGGUCGUACAAGCAGCCGGAGAAGGUGGCAGGAUAGCGUGUCUGAGCGCUCCCAGCGUGUAUCAGAAGCUGAAGCAGCUGGACGCCAACACGCAGGUGACGCUUCUGGAGUUCGACCGCCGCUUCUCCAUCUACGGCGACGAGUUUGUCUUCUACGACUACAGCAACCCGCUGUGUCUCCCCGAGAACAUGGCUCCUCAGAGCUUUGACGUCGUCAUCGCUGACCCCCCGUACCUGUCACACGAGUGCCUCAGCAAGGUGGCUCUCACCACCAAGUUCCUGACCAAGGGGAAGGUGCUUCUGUGCACAGGUGCCAUCAUGCAGGAAGAUGCAGAGAAGCUCCUGGGUCUGAAGAUGUGCUCCUUUCUCCCCAAACACACCCAUAACCUGGCCAACGAGUUCCGCUGCUACGUCAACUACCCAUCCGGGCUCGACUCGUGAUGUCUGGCCACUGACUGGGUGGGCGGCUCUGUCCCAUUAGGAUGUCUUAUGCAACAGACCAUCAUCAAGGCAUGUAAAACCAUGUAUAACUGGUCGGACAUUCAGUGUGCACUGACCUACUCUCUCUACACAGUCCCUGUGAUUAAAUUGCAACCGAAACUGUGACCCAUGUUAUACAGGGGAGUGGUGGUCUGUCUUCAGUAGAUGACAGCAGAAAGGUUGUCAGAUUGGUGAAUCUACUGGUCAGAUGUAGAACAAUUGGCGACGAAUGGGCAGGAAAACAUUAAUUACAAUAAUUAAUUGUGAUUCUUUUCAGUAUGAUAUCAGUCACUUCCAACCACAGUAGAUGACUGCCUAUAUCUUAGAUGAUGUGCCCAGUUGAUAAAGGUAAGGACUGGUUUGGACUGUGCAGAGAGCUGUAUGGAGUCAUUAUUGUGCAUCUUCAGGUUUAGUUUCUGGUCUUGAAGUCCUUCACCUGGGCCAUAGUCAUGGAUAUGAAGCUUUCAAUUUAGGACAGCAAAGUAAAAUUGUAUAUCCUCCCCA